AUGCUCAAAAUAAAUUCUUCGAUUCGUUCGCUCGUCUCGAGAUCAAUCACUACUCGUCAAUUAGUCUACGAAAAGUAUGGAGCUCCACAGAAAGUGAUUCAGAUGAAGACAGUGGAACUGCCUGAUACGUUGGAGCCAGAACAAGUUCUUUUGGAAUGGCAUGCCAGUCCAAUCAAUCCAGCAGAUAUCAAUCAGAUCCAAGGAAUGUAUGGAGUCAGACCGAAGAUGCCAGCUAUUGCUGGGUUGGAAGGAGCUGCCAGAGUUUUGAAGAUAGGUUCCGCUGUGAAAUCUGUGAAGCCAGGAGAUCAAGUGAUCAGUUCCUACGAAGUCGCUGAAAACUGGGCUGAUUAUGGAAUCUUCAAUCAAAAAGAUAUCAUCCAUGUCGAUAAUGAUCUUCCAAUUGAACAUUCUGCUUUUCUGAAAGUCAAUCCUCCAUCCGCUUAUGUCAUGUUGACUGAUUUUGCGAAACUGAAGAAAGGAGAUUGGAUUGUUGCCCGAAUUCUCGGAUUCAAAACUUUCAACAUCAUUCGAAAUCGCGAGAAUCUGGGAGAGCUGGUGAAAGAGAUGAAGGAUUUGGGUGCAAAUGAAGUCGUUACUGAAGACGAUUUGUAUGAUAAAAAGAAGAAAAUGAAGUUACCACGCGUCAAGUUGGCAUUGAAUGGAGUCGGAGGAAAGAGUUCACUGUAUUUGGCAAAUGCAUUGGAUCAGGAAGGGUGUAUGGUCACUUAUGGAGGAAUGAGCCGACAGCCAACACAAGCUCCCACAGCUCCUCUCAUUUUCAAAAACAUCUCACUUCGUGGUUUCUGGUUGAUGACGUGGAUUCGUGAACAGAAAGAUGAUCGUGCCCGUCAAAAAGUGUAUUCUGAUCUUGCCGGAUGGAUGAAAAGUGGAGAAAUUCAACCAACUGCGAUGGUGAAGAGAUCACUCGAAGAUUAUAAGGAUGCUCUUUCAGAGGCUCAAAACAAAUUCGAUAAGAAGCAAUUGUUCUUUUUGAAGAAAUAA